AUGGCUGGAGUCCAUCUUGCUUCCCUGUAUGAAUCAGAUCGUAAUGAAUUCAACAGGCUGAUUGAGCAAGUAGUGCUGCCAUGGAAGGAGAGGUUUAGGUAUCUCCUGUACUUCACUGUGUCACAAAACAAAAGUAUUGCAACCCAUGUAAUGAGGUCUAUGCUUCAAGGAGUAAACAGGAGUCUAUUGGCCAUAGAGUUAGCUUUCAUUGUUGAUGUAGCCUUUGAGAGACAGGACCCAGAUGUAGCAGCCUUGGUGAGGGACAGGAUUUCAUCAGAGGAGAUUGAGCUGACCAUAGGCACAUACAUGACAGCACACACUGUAGCUGGUUAUGCAUUCAUUGGACCGCAUGUGGUUGAACUCCGUAUUGAGAGAGAUUGUGGACCUACUGUGUCACUUGAUGUGGCAGAGAUGAUAUGCUCUAUGUCAUCCUUGAGGAAAGUUUUCGUUAACCGAGCUGCAUUCCACCAUCGUUUUUUUGAAACACUUGCAAGGAAAGGAAAAGAAUCAAAGGUCCAGACUCUCUGGCUUGAUGGUCCCCAGUUUCCCACACCAGCAUCAUCACAUCACCUAGCAGAAGCACUGUGUUCUAUGCCAAACCUGACUGACCUGGAACUCUUUGGAGGGGAUCUCACUGAGGAAUUCUACUCUACAUUGAAAACAAAGGCAUCAUCCAUACAGGUCCAGACCCUCAAGCUCAUUGAUAUCACGAGUCCCACACCAGCCUCAUUACAUCACCUAGCAGAAGCACUGUGUUAUAUGCCAAACCUGACUGACCUGAAACUUGCUAUGGAACUCAAUGAGGAAUUCUACUCUACAUUGAAGGCAAAUGCAUCAUUCAUACAGGUCCAGGCUCUCAAGCUUGAUCAUAUCCAGGGUCCCACACCAGCCUCAUCACAUCACCUAGCAGAAGCACUGUGUUAUAUGCCAAACCUGACUGACCUGAAACUUGCUAUGAAACUCAGUGAGGAAUUCUACUCUACAUUGAAAGCAAAUGCAUCAUCCAUACAGGGUUGUUUUCCUCAGAUCAGGAAAGGAAACUUCAGGUUCAAUGGAGUUGCUCAAGAUGACUUGAACUCAUUUCUUCACACCCUCACAUGUUUGCAAAGGUCAGUACAGUAUAUGUGA